AUGACACAUACCAUCCUCUUCACCGUUGAGACUGAGGAAGAGCUGUGUCGCAGCGUGUAUCCAUCUAUUGACGCUGGUCUCGGUUGGCCUCAGAAGGAGAGCCCUGGGAGCGCUGGAGAGAUCGGCUUCAGCUGCAGCUCCAGUGGAGGGUUGCUUUUUCAUAAUUACUUUUACACCCUCACCUUGCUCUGCUGGUUUAACCUGCUGUUUAACCUGCUGUUUAACCUGCUGUUUAACCUGCUGCUUAACCUGCUGCUUAACCUGCUGUUUAACCUGCUGUUUAACCUGCUGUUUAACCUGCUGUUUAACCUGCUGUUUAACCUGCUGUUUAACCUGCUGUUUAACCUGCUGUUUAACCUGCUGUUUAACCUGCUGUUUAACCUGCUGUUUAACCUGCUGUUUAACCUGCUGCUUAACCUGCUGCUUAACCUGCUGUUUAACCUGCUGUUUAACCUGCUGUUUAACCUGCUGCUUAACCUGCUGCUUAACCUGCUGCUUAACCUGCUGCUUAACCUGCUGCUUAACCUGCUGUUUAACCUGCUGUUUAACCUGCUGUUUAACCUGCUGUUUAACCUGCUGUUUAACCUGCUGUUUAACCUGCUGUUUAACCUGCUGUUUAACCUGCUGUUUAACCUGCUGUUUAACCUGCUGUUUAACCUGCUGUUUAACCUGCUGUUUAACCUGCUGUUUAACCUGCUGCUUAACCUGCUGCUUAACCUGCUGCUUAACCUGCUGUUUAACCUGCUGUUUAACCUGCUGUUUAACCUGCUGCUUAACCUGCUGCUUAAGCUGCUGUGA